GCCAUGCCUUCCGUCUCACUCUCCCAGCUCAUCACCUUUGGUGCUCUGGCGUACCAUGUCGCAUCUGGCUCCUGUCAAUCUUCGAGACCGACAGCGACCGUGACGAACGGAAGUGUCGUCGGUGUGGAGCUACCUACGUUCAACCAGGACUUCUUCGGUGGUAUACCUUAUGCUCAGCCCCCAGUGGGAGACCUCCGACUUCGUCAUCCACUCAGCAUCAACGCGAGCUUUACGAACGGUUCCUUCGAUGCCUCCGAUUAUAGCCCUAUAUGUCCUGGGCACGGUAGUGACGAUGUCGGAUACACCUUGGGUGAGGACUGCUUGACCAUCAACGUCGUACGACCGAGCAACGUGUCGGCCGGAGCAGAUCUUCCUGUCAUGCUAUGGAUCCACGGUGGUGGAUACUUCAUGGGUUCCUCAAGAGAUACGCGCUACAACCAGAGCUACAUCGUAAAUCGUAGUGUCGAGAUGGGAACACCCGUCAUCGGCGUCUCGAUCAACUACAGGGUCUCCCACUUCGGUUUCCUGAGCUCCCGCCAAAUCCAUCUCAAUGGUCUUGAUAACCUUGGUCUUUGGGAUCAGAGGCUCGCUCUGCACUGGGUACAGGAGAAUAUUGCCGCCUUCGGAGGUGAUCCUAGCAAGGUCACGGUAUGGGGCGAAAGCGCCGGUGCGAUGUCGAUCAGCAUGCAUCUCAUCGCCUUCGGAGGAGUGCAAGAUCCUCCCCUCUUCCGCGCAGCCAUCAUGGAAUCCGGCAACCCCACCGUCCAAAUGACCUACACCCCCGACCUCUACCAGCCCUUCUUCGACAACCUCACCGCCGCCGUCAACUGCUCCGAAGCCCAAGACAUCCUCGCCUGUCUUCGUGCCGUUCCUUACGACGACUUCUUCGCCGCGGGCGGAAACGUCUCUACUGCCGUCUCUACUUGGCAGCCCGUCAUCGACAGCGUGUUCGUCCCCGGGUUCCCGAGCCAGCAGUUGAAGGAGGGGAAAUACUUCAACGUACCGAUUCUGAAUGGGGCGAACACGGAUGAAGGGUAUUCAUUUGGCCCGGGCGGUAUCAAUACGGAAGAUGAUCUUAUUGAUGCCUUAUACGCUUCGACCCUUGGGUUCGCUCGCAACUCGACGCUCCGGACCUUGUCAAGUUUGUACUCCUCCGACCCGGCCGAUGGCGUGCCCUACGGUUCGGGCGAUCUUCCGUCGUUGAAGAACGGGACACUCGACAAGAAAGCGGACUCUAUCUAUGGUGAUCUUACCAUGAUCGGCACGCGUAGGAAUCUUGUCGAGAUUUACUCGAAUACGACUACGGCGUGGUCGUAUCGGUUUGACCACGUUCCGGAGUAUGCGACUAUUCAGGAAGGUGUGGGGCAUUUCGUCGAGACUCCGUUCGUCUUCAACAAUCCUCUUCCGGCAGGCGAAGCUCCUACUGGAACCGAGAAUCCGCGUGGAAACUCGACGGACGACUUGUACCUCGGCCUGACCAUGCAGUCUCAGUGGAUCAGUUUCGCCGUCCAUCUCGACCCUAACUUCCAUGGCGUCGACGGAGUACCCUACUGGCCGGAUUACUCGAAUGGGACUCAGAACAUCUUAUACCGCAACAGCACUGAAGGUGGAACUACGCUCGAGGUAGACAACUGGCGUCAAGCUGGAAUUGCAUUCAUCAACGAAUGGUCGAUGGAUUUCGGUCGCUGAUGGGCUACACUAAUUUUUAUUGUGGAUCCUUAUGUGUAAUUGCUAUCACAUCGCUCUGACGAACGAAUGUA